AUUCGAUGAAUUUUUUCGAGCAGUGCGCAUGUACAGUACGCGAUCUUUCUCGCGACGAAGCGAACCGCAAGGUGAACAAAGACGGCAAUGGAUCUAUCCGCCAUUUUCUAAAGUGAGAUAGAAUAAGUUGUUUUUCUUGAUUUUUACCGAAAAUACAAUGCAAUUUCCCUUGAUUUACACGGUUUUGAUUUGUAUUACCAAUUUUCAAGUGUUGGUGUUUCCCGGAUAGCAGAUUAUUUAUGAAUAGUACGUUUUUCUGCACAUUCGAUGAACGUAUCUUUCAGGAAAGACAUUUUGUGGGAGUGAAGUAGUCCUCGUUUGUUUUAGACGCACACCCCACAUACCGUCCCGAUGAUGUUCGAUCCGAAUGCCAUAACGACUCAACAGUCGCAACAGAUCCAAUACCAGCAACAGCCUCAACCUCAGCAGCAAAAUGACAAGGAUAAAGCGCAGGAGCAACAGAAGGACAGUACUUUCGCGCCAUUUUGCUACGCUAACGUCAACAUGAUCCACAAGAUCACGCCUACCACCAAUCAAAAUCAUACCUCAACGGUAAACAUGUCUCAGUUGACAGACGACAAAUGUUACAUCACGCAACCGUUCAGUUAUAACUACACCUUAGUAAAUCAAAAUCUAUUGACCCAGAAUGCCAUAUCAAACAUAACGUUCAAGUGUGAGGUAUGUGGGCUCAUGUUUGCACAUCUACCAUUGCUUAAUCAUCACAAGAAGGUUCACCAUGGGCAGACUGAUCAAGCGCAGACGCAACAGCAGCAAAUUACAGUACAGGUGCAGCCUACUCAACCAACCUCCCAGAUACAGAUCAUAUCAGCGGAUCGUAUUCGAUUCUCGUGUGAAGAAUGUGGACUCACAUUUCCUACACAGACUGAACUCAAAAAUCACAAAAUGCAGUCUCACCAGCCACAACAGCAGGUGCAGCAAACACAGCCGCAGUCACAAAACAGCCUAAAGGUGAAAAAUUGUGAAACCUGCGGAGCACCGCUCCAACCUGAUACAAACAAGAAACGUGCUGUGAUGAAAGUGAGAUGUGAAAACUGUUUGAGUGCAGAAGCUAUACAACCUCAAAUAUUUGUUGUUGCGACAGCGGAGACAUCUACAGUCAAGUAUGAGGAAACGCAUACUCAGACUACAACCCUUGGUACACAGAAUUCCAUACCAAUUGGAGUGAAAAAUAAUCAUCCAGUAAAACGAAGAGGAGUGACUAGUGUAACGAAAUGCACAAAAUGUAAUGGGAGUGGUAUUAUUUUCAUUGGAGGAGCAAAGCUUCAACAACACAACGUCGAUAAACCGUUCCAUUGCAAUAUUUGUAAUGGUUCUUUCAGUAGGUACUCUUCAUUAUGGUCACAUAAACGAUUACAUACAGGAGAGAAAAACUUCAAAUGCAAUAUUUGCGGCCUUGCAUUUGCCAAGGCCGCGUAUCUCAAAAACCAUUCUCGGAUUCAUACUGGCGAAAAACCCUAUAGGUGCAAUGUAUGUGGAAUGCAGUUCUCGCAAUCUCCACAUUUGAAAAAUCAUGAAAGGAUACAUUCUGGUGAGAGACCAUAUGUUUGUGAAGUUUGUGAUAAAUCAUUUGCAAGGCAUUCGACCUUAUGGAACCAUAGGCGAAUCCAUACAGGCGAAAAACCUUAUAGGUGUGACAUAUGUGGAUCUUGCUUCAACCAAGCUACCCACUUGAAAAAUCAUGCCAAAGUGCAUUCAGGAGAAAAGCCAUUCAAAUGUGAUAUUUGUUCUGUUGGAUUUUCGGAUAGAUUUGCUUUGAAACGUCACCGAAAUAUCCACGAGAAGUACGGUCGCACAAAACCCAAUCAAACGCCGACCUCGUCCAGCGAUGACGCGUCCACCAAUACGGGCGCGGAGUCUGUGAACGUGGCUACGGUGACCACAGUGACAUCUGGCGGCCAUCAAACAGACGACCACGACGAGAUGAUCGAACCGAAGUACGAGCAAAAAUACGAAACGGUCGACGCUUCCGAGAUGGCUGAGGAAAUGUCAGACAUAUCCGAGCUGCAGGUGCAGCUGCAGUAAAAUCAAAAUUAUUUCCGUAUACAUAUGUCACUCUGAAAUGUUUGUCUCGGCUAUUUGUUAGCGAGCAAGUAUUUUGUUACACGUUUUAGGAUGCGGAGCAGAAGCCCGAGGAGCCUACUUAACUGGCAUCCUAGAGUGUACCUUAUAGGAAUAAAUUCCGUGUGUGUUACUGCAGAGAAGGAUCAGAUAUGGUACGAAAAUUAAGGCGGCCUGCCAAGAACUUGUCAAUGAUCAGUCGAAUUACCUUUCUGAGUCGCAUCGAGCUUGGACACUGAUAUUUGAUCAUUUGUAAUGAAUGAAUGUAAAGCGUAAAAUAUAAGUUUCAAUGGAUGAUUUUUAGAAAAAUCAAUGUCUGUUUGCUCAGCUUUGAACGCACGAAAGCUGUGCCGUAAUAUGGUCAAAUACAUACAAAUCAGCGCCUAGAUGCGAGGCAGUGCGAAAGUGUUUUGUAUGGGAUGUGUCAUUCCUAAUUUGUCUGUGAUGUGGCUUAAUAUCACACAACGCGGGUGCGGUGCGGAUUUCCCGUAAUGCCUCCUCAAAGUUUUUGAAAACGCGAAAAAACGGGAAAAAUCGUCAUAUAUAACUUUGAACAUAACGGAAACACAAAUAACCCGUCUGGCACAGCUGAUAGAUAUAUAUUUCUUAGGCAGCAUAUUUAGUAAUAAUUUUCCCACAUAGCAAAUAUCAUUGCUUUUAUACACAUGCAGAGCAAUACACACAAUCAUCCAGAUGUGAUAUUGCUACUUAACCACACAUCUUGCAAACAGAGCAUGAUCUGGAACUGAUUGCAGCAUGGUUAUUAAGCGUUUCCUGUGGUUGAGUCAUUCCUUCAUAGAUGGACGCUUUUGAUGACGCUCAUAGCGCGCAAACGCGGAAUGUACUAUUUGCACACUAGGAACUGUCUAGGCAGCAAUUUGACAUUUUGUCGUUUUUUUUUGACGUUUUAUAGGUUUUUUACGUAACAACUCUGCCGGCAGAGUUCGGCAAGGACGGAUUUAUGACUCUGUCUAGAGGGAAGCUGGAUUCAUGUUCAGGAAGAUGUUCGUCUUGGGGGAGGUACUGAUGAUUGAAAAUUGGAGGAGUGUAGCGGCUACAUUCUUCAGCAGCGCUCGUGAUAGCAAAUGCCCUUGUGGCAGGCUGGGUGUUUAUGAGGAGAAUAUGCCACUGGAGCCCGGUCAUCAAUUGAAACCGAAUUACUAGUGCCUCCUAUUAGAUAAGGUUGCGAACCGAAAUGAGAUCAAAUUUAAAUAACAUUUACCAGGAUGUCGUUCAGAUUCUUAUGAAAGAAGAGAGUACUGUAUUUACCACCUAAAUAAAGUGCGUCUCCAAUAUAGCAGACUUUAUAUAGAUAGACACCUGAGAAACCAUCCGGGAGGCUUUUUCGAUUUCAUGCAAUUUAAUUUUAUGCUUAAACAAGCUCAUUUUUAAAAAUACAAAUAUUACGGCGGUACCUGAAAAAUAUGACUAUUUUAUUCCUCCAUCAAGACUAAUCUAAGGACACCUCAAAAGUCAAAAUCUAUCAAGCUAUUUGGGUUGUGGCCCUUGAAA